AUGGACUUGGUAAAUAUCUCUAUGGUGACUGAAUUCAUUCUGGUAGGAUUAACAGACCAGCCUGAACUCCAAAUACCCCUGUUUUUUCUGGUUCUAGCAAUGUAUCUAUUCACUGCAUUGGGAAAUUUGUGUUUGAUCAUUCUAAUUGUGCUGAAUUCUAACCUCCACACUCCUAUGUACUUUUUUCUCUUUAACUUGUCCUUUAUAGACUUUUGCUAUUGUUCUGUGUUCACCCCCCAAAUGCUGAUGAACUUUCUAUUAAGGAAGAACAUCAUUUCUUACGUGGAAUGUAUGAUCCAAGUUUAUUUCUUUUGCUUCUUUGCUGUUUCUGAGUGUUAUGUGUUGACUUCAAUGGCCUAUGAUCGCUACAUGGCAAUCUGUAAUCCACUGUUGUAUAAUGUUGUCAUUUCUCCUAAAUUAUGCUUGAGCCUUAUGCUUAGUUCCUACUUUAUUGCAUUUUGUAAUGCUGUGGCUCACAAUGUAUGCAUGCUGAGACUGACCUUCUGUGAUGCCAACAUUAUCAACCACUACUUUCCUUUGCUCCAGCUCUCCUGCACAAGCACUUAUGUCAACAAGCUUGUAAUUUUUGUUUUUGCGAGCAUCAACAUCAUUGUCCCUACUCCAACUAUCUUUGUCUCCUAUGGUUUCAUCCUUUCCAGCAUCUUUCACAUUAGUUCCUCUGAGGGCAGUUCCAAAGCCUUCAGCACCUGUAGCUCCCACAUCAUUGCUGUUUCUCUGUCCUUUGGUUCAGGUGCACUUGUGUAUUUCAAACCCUCCUCAGUUGGGUCUCUGAAUGAAGGAAAAAUCUCUUCUAUCUUUUACACCAAUGUGGUUCCCAUGUUGAAUCCCUUGAUCUAUAGCUUGAGGAACAAAGAUAUUAAAGUUGCCCUGAUGAAAAGCCUGAGCAAUAGGAACUUUUGA